AUGUCCUCCUCGAAACCGAGGCAAUCAUUCGACACCCAAGGAUCGCCUGUUGUCAGCCCAUCAUCAACCUCUCAGUACGCUUUCCCCCAGAGCGACACGCCUCAGAGACCGGGCUCAAGCGGACGGUAUGGGCAUAACCGACGUCGAGGCUCAACCGCGAGCUCUAUUACAUCAAUCGGCGGGGUCUUGGACACGGCGACACAGAGUAGAGAUUCCAUAGCAGAGGCGGGCAACAAUGCCAUCGCAACUCUUCUGCAGCCACCGAUUGUUCGCACAGGUCUUCUAUCGCAUGCUUCAGGCCCCAGCGCACAGAAGCUCCCUUCCGCCAAGGACAUCCCUCCGGUCACUCUAACGAACAUUUCCCACGUCGAAUCCUCGUCGUUCCUACCCUACCUCAAACAAGCGGGGUCCUUAUACGAUGCAUUUCAGCGUGCAAAGGAGAGCGAAGGUACAGGGCCGUCGCAAGUCAGAAGUUCCCGAGCUUCUUCAAAAAGUGAGCAGCUGUCAGGCUUUCUAAAUCCGGGUCAUCAAAGUCGACAAGCAAGUAUAUCUAGCGCUCAGAAACCAGGGGAUAUACUCGCAGCACUUGGGUCAAUACCAGAAAGGCCACAGCCCAAGAGAAAGAGCAGUGGAGGAAUUUCGCGGCGAGGACCGCUUCCAGUGGCGCCAUUAUCCACCGUCCCCCAAGUCUACUUCGACCCAAACUUUCAUCUGGAAAAUCCUAGGACUUUCGAUAUCGUAAGUGAACGAUCAGAAAUCGUACGUCCUCCCCCCGGGGCAAAUGGAGCUUCACCGACGCCAGGGACAGGCGGGAGGAAAGCGCUAGCAUCCAAUGCCAUCCUGCAAGAGAAACUCUCAUGGUAUAUGGAUACGGUGGAGGUUCAUCUGAUAUCAUCCAUCUCUACGGCUUCCACAUCCUUCUUUGCAGCCCUUGGCUCACUACGGGAUUUGCACAUGGAAGCGUCGGCUUCUGUAGCCAAGAUACAGGCGCUGAGAGCAGACCUGGCCAGGUUGGACAAAAGUAUGGCCGUCGGAGGUCUCAAAGUCGUUGCCAUGCGAAGGCGCCGCGAAAAUGUUCGGAAGCUAGGCGACGCUGUCCAACAACUGCGUGAUGUUGUUGAUGCCGUAGCUCGCUGUGAGGACCAAGUCGACCAAGAUAACAUCGAGGAAGCCUUGCGAGGAUUGACCAAUGUGGAGAGGUUGAUAGCAGGAGAGCGAUCGGAGCCUACAACAUCGGACUCAAAUGAAGUUACACCUGGCGGAGGCAACCUCGUCGAUCUGCGAGGCAUUAAAGCUCUGGACGGCGCCAGUGCCGAGAUUGCGUCUUUAAGGGAAAGGAUAGGUAAAAGCUUCGAGGCAAGGUUUCUGGAAGCUCUGCUCUCUGAUCUGCGAAGACACGUCGACACUGUGUCUUCAAACGCUACUUUUCAAAGAUGGGACAAGGCUUCCCAGAGAUCUCGAGGCACCCACGCUAGGACGCCAUCCGUAUAUCCGGCCUACCUACAAGUUGACGAGUCGCUGCGCGCAGUCCUCCUGUCUAAUCUUGAUGGAUUGGCCAAAUCAGACUCGGUGAAGCCUGCAACAGCCGCUUACCGAGAGGCAGUUUGGAAAGAGGUUAAGACUUUGAUUCGACGACAUCUGCCGAGUUCUAGCGAUGACGACAACGAGUCAACAAUGUCGGCAUCUACUCAGGGUGGUAGACAUCUAACACAACAAGAGAAGUCUAGUCUCUUAGCGAGGAAUCUCCGUGCUCUUGAGCCCGAGGAUGCGGAGGUUAUGCUCAAGAAGAUAUACUCGAACGUUGGUGAAGCCUUGCGCAGACUGGGGACUCAGGUCAAGGUCGUGUUGGACAUUACUAGUAGCUUUAGCAGCGCUUCGGCAACAAAGCCUCCAAGGUCUCCUAUGAGUCCACCAGUCGCGGAUUGGAAUAGCUAUAUAGGCGCCACUCCGACCAAUUUAGCGACUCUUGAGACAGCCCAACAGGAAGACAUCCAGCAGACACUAGAUAUGUCAAAUCUCUUAGGCCAAGCCGUGGACAUUGCUCAGACUCAAAUCACAAAGAUUCUCAAGGUCCGGUCAGAGCAAAGCACACGGCUUCCAUUACCACAGUUCCUAAGAUACUUCCAUCUUAAUAGGCUCUUUGCAGACGAGUGCGAGGCGGUAUCCGGACGAGGAGGCAUGGCGCUCAAGACCGUCGUUAACGCCCAUAUCGUCGACUACGUACGCCACGCGGCAGACGCAGAGCGGCAACACCUUGUAGCAGGCAUGGAUGCUGACCGAUGGGACGCGAAAGACUUUGAUGACUCUGAUUCACAAGUAUUAUCUCAGAUUAUAGAAGCUGGCACUAAAGAGAUCGAGCCGUGGGUCAGAGCUUCGAUGAUAUGGAGCGAUGAACCUCACGGUGUAAACGGCGAUCAACAAACCAACGGAGCUAUGACAAAUGGUUCUACCCCGAAGGACAAGACACGCCCGGCCAUCAUUGACGAGCAAAGAUUCCUUCUUCCUGAUUCAGCCCUCAUCGUCCUGAACGGCAUCGGCCAAUUUGAGCAGCUAAUGACUGGCAUACCGAGCAUGACACAGGAGCUUACCCCAUCACUUCUCGAAUACCUCAAGCUUUUCAACUCACGAUCCUCGCAGCUCAUCCUCGGAGCCGGUGCAACGAGAAGCGCAGGCUUGAAGAACAUCACGACGAAGCACCUAGCCCUUGCAUCUCAGGCUCUGAGCUUCGUCACCGCGCUGACGCCCUACGUCCGAGAGUUCGUCCGAAGGCAUUCCCCUGGUGCUGGAAGCUUGAUGGUGGAAUUCGACAAGGUCAAGCGACUGUACCAAGAGCAUCAAGGCGGCAUCAACGAUAAGCUAGUGGAUAUCAUGAGUGGACGGGCUACUACGCAUGUCAAUGUUAUGAGGAAGAUCAACUGGGACUCGUCAUCACCAGACCAGGCUGUGAGCCCGUACAUGGAAACUCUGGUAAAGGAGACGACGACGCUACAUAAAGUGCUCAGCAAGCAUUUGCCAGAUAUGACAGUGCGGAUGAUCAUGGAUCCGGUGUUCAGCAGCUACCGUGAGCAAUGGGGUAAGGCGUUCCACGAUGUGGACGUCAAAACGGUAGCUGGGAAAGAACGGAUGCUUCGUGACACCGAAUUCUUCAAGUCGCGAAUCUCCAAGAUCGAUGGCGCCGGCGAUAUUGGAGAUCACCUCGUCGACAUUGUGAAAGUCAAAGCUGUUGCCGAACAGCCGAAAGCACCUCGGGAACCUCCCAUAACCACCAAUGAAUCGACGGAGAAGCAGCAGGAAGCUGACGUUCUGGAGAAGAGAUGA